UUUAUUUUCUCUCUUUUUUUUUUCGAUUACAUUCAUAUAAACCCCACUCUACCUUUCCAUUAAUUAUCAACAUGGGUCUUUCCGAAUUCUUUUCCAGCUUCAUUCCUACCGUUUAUGCUGACGAAGAACCUCAAGAAGAACCUGUCGCUGAAGAAGAAGUCGAAGAAACCGUCGUAGAAGAAGAAGAGGAAGAAGAAGAACCUGAGGAUCCUAAGGAAGCUAUCUUUGAAGAAUGCACCAAGGAAUGCUCUGCUUUGAAGAAGCACCUCGAUGAAUGUAACGAACGUGUUGAAAAUGGUUCCAGUGAAAACUGUAUUGAAGAAUUCUUCCACUUUAUGCACUGUGCUGAUGAAUGUGCUGCUCCCAAGAUCAUGGCUGCUACUCAAUAAAUUCAGAGCAUAUCAUAAACACGACCUUUAAUUUAUAAAAAAGAGAAAAGUUAGAAGCAUUUGUAUAUUUUUUUUUCCUGCAAAAGAAAAGAGAAAAGACGGGUAUAUAGUAUGUGCAUUGAAAAGGGAUUGUUUGAUGGAUUUAAAUGCUGGACAGGUUGAGGGCUGACGUUGACAAUAGCAUGUCAUUAGAGAAUAAGGAUUGUUUGUUUUAGUCAUUAUGUUGACUCUUCCAAGCACUUUUUUUGUAUUCGAGAUAGGGAUUAUUUGCAUUUGAGCAUACUAAUGAUCGCUCUUUCAAUAGGUGACACAUGAGUUGAAUCAAACAGAACUAUAAUGCUUUUGACGAUAUUGCCUUAUGAUGUUGGCUAUCAUGAAUAAAACAGUUGCUGUAG